AUGUCAAAGUAUGGCUUGGAACCACACCACAGCCAAUUAACUCAGGGAUUACGGGGAAACAAAUCAAACAAAAAGUCGCUCAAUUCAAACAAGUUGAGUAAAAGUCCUUGGGAAGAAGAGAAUAAUGCAUUGAACAGGGAAGCCCCCAUGAUACAUAAUAAGCUAUACUGUGAUCAAGUGAAGAAGAAUGUGAAAUUAAGACAAGUAUCGUCUAGCGUGCUACUGAAAUUGGGCACAGAUGAUUUGCGCUCUGUCAAAUCACACACGGAGUUGGCGGAAACAGCUAAUGGGGUUCGUAUGUUGGCCAAAAACUUGGCGAAGGCCACAAUUCAGCUAGAAGUGAAGGCAAUAAUGAUAGUAACGAAGGCAAGAGAUAACUCAUUAAUUUAUUUGACCAGAGAGAUAGUCGACUAUUUAUUGGCGAAAAACAAAGACAUUAUGGUCUACGUGGAUCGUAACUUACAGAAACUGAAACGAUUCAAUGCCGCUAAUUUAUACGAAACUGUUCCUAAGGCAAAGAAAUAUGUCAAAUACUGGGACAAAAAGUUUGCAUUCCAAAAUCCUCAGAAAUUCGACUUGGUGGUUACAUUGGGUGGAGAUGGGACGGUCUUGUAUGUAUCGAAUCUUUUCCAACGAGUGGUACCACCGGUGAUUUCCUUUGCACUCGGUUCAUUAGGAUUUUUGACAAACUUCAAAUUCGAACAGUUCAGAGAGAGAAUGUCCAACGUGUUGGACGCCGGUGUACGUGCCUACUUGAGAAUGAGGUUCACCUGUCGUGUUCACAGAGCCGAUGGGAAGCUUCUCUGCGAACAACAGGUCUUGAAUGAGUUAGUGGUGGACAGAGGCCCCAGCCCGUAUGUGACUCAGCUUGAAUUGUACGGAGAUGGCUCGUUGUUAACGGUGGCACAGGCAGAUGGGCUCAUCAUCGCUACCCCCACCGGAUCUACUGCGUACUCGCUCUCGGCCGGUGGGUCUCUUGUACACCCCGGGGUCAGUGCCAUAAGCGUUACGCCUAUCUGCCCUCACACCCUUUCUUUCCGUCCCAUCUUGUUGCCUGACGGCAUGUUCCUCAAGGUGAAGGUCCCCAGCACCAGUAGGUCCACGGCGUGGGCGUCGUUUGACGGUAAGGUCAGAACCGAGUUGCGCAAGGGCGACUAUGUCACCAUCCACGCAAGUCCGUUCCCCUUCCCCACCGUCAUCUCGUCCAAAACCGAAUACAUCGACAGUGUCAGCCGCAACUUGAACUGGAACGCCAGAGAGCAGCAAAAGCCCUUCACCCACCUUCUCAGCGAAAACAACAAGAAAAUGUACGACAGCUCGCCCGCAAACCUUCCCUCGCACAUCAACGACCUCUCUGUCGCCUCAGACGAGUUUGACAUCGACUACACCGACGAAGAAGACUCCUCUCUUUCCGAAGAAGACAUCCCCUUCGUCCCUUCGCCUGAUGAAGGCUUGGAGACCCCCCCUACCUACGGAACAUUCGAAGACCGUCCCUGCUUCGCACACCCGAAUGCAAAAAUAUCGCUCAACGGCUCGUCCUCCAUGUCCAAUUUUUCGUCUCCUACAUCUACCGAGUCCGACACCCUUACCAUGUAUCCUAAACAUCAUGUACGCGACGCUCAAUCCCCUAACCCAUGA